AUGGUGAAGACUGCUUUCCAGAAUUGGAUCCAGGGGCCGCAUGACCCUGAGAAACGAACGUUCAUUAGCAGCCUCUUUCUGCGAUUGAUCGAAUCAAGAGCAUGGGAAUAUCUCUUCCUGUGCAUCAUUGUUUUCACCGCUACAAUCAAAUUCACAGACCUGCGAGACUCUCCCCCGGAGUGGAAAGCUAGUCUUCUUCAGAUAUCUCUGUAUGGUUGUUUGACCUACAGCAUUGAAUGGAUCAUAGAACUACUCACUCUGGGAUCUUCGGAGUUUUUUAGCAGCGGCUGGUAUCGAACGGACACCAUUGUCAAUGUGUUCAACUGGGGAAGCUAUCUGGACUCAAACGGAUAUCUUCCGAGGAUUCUCAGUCUGAUUUUCCCGAAUAUCGCCUUCUUAAGGAUCCUGCGCUUUCUGAAGCCUCUAGGACGAGUGAGACUGCUCUUUUCUUCCAAAGUUGUGGUCAAGACGGUUGCUGGAGCCAUGGCGUCAAUGGGCCCUGUGCUUGCCUUGGUGUUCUUUCUUGUGCUUUUAUUCGGAGUCGGAGGGAUCUAUUUGUUCGGAAAGGGUUUAGCCUUGUACUAUAGGUGUGGGCUUCCUCUGACAGCCGAUCAAUCCAAGUUCUUCUUCAAUGAAAGCUCCUACCAGCCAGCCCCUGGAUCUGAUAUCAACAUCGCAAGCUGCGGGGUGAACCUAACACGCAUUGACGAGUUUCAAUCACAGUACAACGCAUACUUGCGAGAGGCGUCAAGCACAGGUCAAUCAUUUGAGUUUGCAGACUUUGACCUAGACGGAGCCGAUGAGAGAUACUGCAUAGCCUUGACCCCUGAACGUCUUUGCGCUUGUGCCUCCCUCCCCAACGGUGAGAGUCCAGACGUUUGUGUGGACACGGCGAACUGCCGAGAGAAUAUUUGCUUUCGAGGAGAUAUCAUUCCGGUCGAUUCCUUGCAUGGGUUCAACAAUUUUGCAACUGCAUCAAUGACUGUGAUAGCUGUCUUCUUUCAGAAGAAUUGGUCCAUGUUCAUGGAUGCCUGUGUCCAGACUUCGGGCCCUUUCUUCGGAUAUUUCUAUUACAUCUUUCUGGUUAUCUUUGGAAGCUUUUGUCUCCUCAACCUCACUGUUGCAACUGUUGGGCAAACGUUUACAAGAGUGAAAAAGGAAGCUGAGAAGAAAAGAGCAGAUAAAGAUGCCGAGCAAGCACGAAAAGACAAGAUUCAAGCUGAAAGAGAUGAAAUGAAGAAAAUGGCCAAGGCAAAAAGUGAUGAAGAGGGCGGCGAGGAGGGGUCCGAGCUCGCCUCUGUUGCCGAGAUUGAAUAUAUUGAAGAGAAAAAGAUGAAGACUAUUGAACAUCUCGAAACCGAGAGAGGCAGAAUCUUGUCGUCCUUUACGGGAGGAUGGAGAUUGAAGCUCGCGAUGGUUCUCUCAUAUCCCCUCAAGCGUCUUCCCCACCACACAUCCCUGCAGUACUUGGACUCUCGUCUGAAAGCAUUGAGGCAAACAAACGAGGAGGAAAACGUGUCAGAGGGAGAGGAAAGCUCGGAAGUUUCCGAUGACGAGACAACUUCUGAAGCUGAGAGCGGCAAGGCAGCCACUGCAGCACAGGAGGGACAGAGCAUUUUUGCCUGGAUUGCCGAUCUUGUUGUAGUGAUCAAUGCUGGCUCGAUGGCUAUGAGUGGCUUCAACGAUAAAUUGAACCCUAUUCUGAACGGCGUGGGUUAUUUUGCUUCUUUGUUCUUCAUUGCUGAAGCCGUCGCCAAAUCUAUCUCAUACGGGGGAUGGAGCUACUACCUCCUGGAUGGCGGAAAUCGUUUUGACUUCACCCUUGUCUUGGUCCCGACGAUCGGCGAAGUGACAACGGAGGGGUCGAGCUUUCUGGGGCUGGGGGCAGACUACAUCUACCAGGCUCUCGCCCUCCAGGCCAUGCGCGUCUUCCGAAUCGCGAAGCUGACAAAGCACCUCACCGGGCUCAGGCGACUAACUGCCCGCGCGUUUGGCAGCCCCGCAGGAGUUGUGUACGCGCUACUUGUAACCAUAGGGUUCAUCUGCUUCUGCUCCUGUUUCGGCAACGAGCUCUUUCGCUCCAGUGUGGAAUUUGCGGUGGCUCGGAAUGACUUCCAGUACUUCCUUGGAGCGAUGAAGUGCUUGCUAGAGUUCCUCCUGGGCGAUCGCUACAUGCAGUCCCUUGACAUCGCCUACCAGUCGAAGGAUGUCAUCGGGGUUCUCUUCUUCCUUGGUUACUACUACGUCGCAAACUUUCUUGUGCUUCGUAUGUUCAUAGCUCUUAUCCUUGAAAACUUUGAGUUCGACGAAGAUAAGAAGAUCAGCAUUCAGAUUCAGCUGUUUCAGAAGCAACAAAUCCUCAUGAACGACCUCAUCGACGGCAGUGCGAGAGGCUUCAGCAUCCAAGAGCAGUUUGCUCGCCUUCGCAAGCAGAAUUUGGACGAGGAUCAUCUGAGUGUGUUCCAGCAGAAAUGGUCCCAGGUGGUGAAGGACAGGGAUUGUGCUGCCUUGCAAAGUGACAGCGUCCUCGUGCAGCUGCAGAAUGCAAAUGAAAGAAAGGAGCAGGGGUUGAGAAAGGAGAAGACAGAAUCAGAGGGACUGAUCAAGAUUCUGAUCAAGUUGAUUAUGAUGGCACGCAAGCUCUCCUACACUUUGGUCGAGAACCAGAAGUUUGACCUUCUUGUUCUCUUCGCCGUCAUCUUCUCGGUGGUGUUGGUGCAGGUGGACACGAGCGACAACCCGAUCUUCACAGACGAGGUUCGACUGACGAUCGACAUCAGCCUGCUCUGCUUCUUCACCUUUGAGACCAGCCUCAAGAUCUUCACCUAUGGCUUUCUCACUCCUACAGGAGUCUCCCCGAAGAGCAUCGAGUACCCGCAGGGCAAGCCCGCCUUCUUCUCCAACACGGAGGACGGAGGAUGGAACCUUCUCGACGCCGGGGUCGUCAUCCUCAUGAUACUCGACGUGCUCCCCCUCAGCUUCAGCGUCGGAGGCUUCAAGUGCAUCCGAAUCGUCAGGAUCGUCCGGCCGCUGCAAAAGCGAAGUCAGACAGUGAAGGGGCUCAUGGCGGCGCUGAUCGCGAGCAUCGGGUCGAUCUUCCACGUUAUCAACCUUCUUCUUCUCCUCAUACUCAUCUUCGGCCUCAUGGGCGUCUCGCUCUUCCGCGGCAGGCUCAACGUCUGCAACGAUGAGGCCGUCUCCCACUCUCGCGACUGCAUCGGCGUCAACUACGGCGGCAUUCCUGAUGUCCCUUGCCGCGGGUAUGUCGAUCGGAUCUGCCAGCAGGAGCUGGGCAGGUUCAUCGGUCAACAAGUUCUUGUCCCCCGUGUCUGGUCCCCCCCCUCUGAGAACUUCGACAACCUGGCGGUCGCCAGCAUCACUCUCCUCCGCCUCUCUGCGCAGGACAACCUGCGGUCCAUCUUUCACAGCCUCAUGGACAUGGCGCGCUACUACCAGGUUGUGUGCAGCGGGGACGGGGAGGACGGAGAGAACGGUUGUCCAGCAGGACAGAACCAGUACAUCGUCGCAUCUCAGUCGCAAGCAGACACAGCGCCGGAGAACAUCCUCUUCCCCCUGUUCUACAUCUUCAUCGCCAACAUCUUCAUCAGUCAGCUCGUGAUCGGCGUGCUUAUUGACAACAUCAGGAGGCAGACUGGCUCCGCCCUCUUCACUGAGCAGCAGCGCAUCUGGCGAGCGACGCUCAUCACUAUGGAUCGGCUCAAGAAGAAGUUCAAACCUCAGAUCCCCGAGCAGCCGCUGCGCAAGUGGCUCUACCUGGUGCUAGAGUCGGAGACCUACAACAUCUUCAUCAUGUCCGUCAUCAUCCUCAAUACCCUCUGGAUGGCCACAGAGCAUGAACCUCAUCCAGCUUUGUACAGCACGAUUCAGAACUAUGUCGAUCCUGUUUUCAUCGUCAUCUACGUCGGGGAGACGAUAGCGAAGAUGACGGCAUAUGGUCUGAUCUCUUGGUCGGAAGAAUCCCCUGCGGAGGAGCAGGAGGAAGAAAAAGAGCCCACCUCCUCCUCUUCUUUCUUCUCCUGUUUCAAGAGAUACAAGAGCCCUUACUUCGGAGAUGCCUGGAAUUUCUUUGAUUUUUUCGUGGUUGCUAUGAGCGUGUUAGAUUCUUCGGGCAUCAUCAGUGGUCUUAGCUUCCUCAAGCUCCUCCGAGUUCUCCGCGUCUUCCGUCUCGUUCGCCGCGUGAAAACUCUCCAGGUGAUGAUCACGACGCUGCUGGGAGCGAUCAACGCAAUCCUCGCAGCUCUUCUGUUUCUCAGCAUCUGGAUCUUUAUCUUUGCGGCGGUGGGGUCAGACAAUCAGAUGUUCAAUGACCUCCGGCAUGGCCUCGUCAUCGACUCUCGCUGGAACUUCCACACUCUCUUCAACGCCGUCCUCCUCCUCUUCCGCACGGCGACUGGGGACGGAUGGUUCGACCUCCUUUAUGAUGCUUCUGUCCGCCCGCCCUACUGCACGGCCUCGUCGCCGGAAGUGCCGGUGGGAGACUGCGGGCGAGGGAUCAUAGGGUACAUCUACUUCAUCAUCUUCUACUUCGGAUGCAACUAUAUCUUCCUGCCUCUCUUCGUCGCCACUCUCAUUGACUACUUCUUCGAGGCGGAGGUUGAGAGUCAGUCGCUGUUCAACGGGGAUGACUGCGAGACAUACGCCAACGUCUGGUCGGAGUUUGACGAGGAGGGUGACGGAAGAAUUUCAAUCGAGAACCUCCGACCCCUCGUCGACAGACUCGCUGUCAAUGGGCAUCCAGCAGGCUUCAGAGUCUCGUCGGACCUCGAGCGGUUCAAGAUGAUCUGGUCAAGGGUCAUGACCGACCCCAGCACGUUCCCACUUGACGGGCUGCGGGUGCCUGAUGAAGUCAGCAAGGAGAUCGGGCUGACAGUCAUCACUAGAGACAACAUGGUCAAAGCGUUCGGGAGCGGGAAGAGAGCUCUACGGAUCCGCGAGUUUCUUUACAGCAAAUUCCCGGAGAUCAAGAACAACGAGGUUGAAUUCAAGUAUGCCGCUAAGGUUCUCUGCAUCUUCAUGGACGGCAUUCGCGCGCCCAUCACGAUUGCAGAUCUUGUAAACCAGGGAGCGUCCAAGCAAAUUCUAGUGGCGCUGCAAGGAGACGCAGUGAUACGGGGAAGAGAUGGGAAGGAGAACGAUCGUUGGCUGCCGCUCGGAGUUCACAAUCAGCUGACGAACAAGCUGGCGGAUGGGGUGCCUAAGGGAUCGAAGAAGAAGAAGAUGCCUGGGAAGGAGGAGCUGCCAAACAUCAUGAAGGCAGUGAAACUGGUACAACUUGAGCUCAGGCCUCCAGUGCUGGACCCGGACGAGCCUCCUCCGAUGCCAACAGCGCAGAAGGUCGGGGAGCUGAUGGGAAAGAUCCGCUUCAUGAAGGAUUCUUACGAGGAUAUUGUCGACCGGCUGAUCGAUGAGGUUCUCUGGGGGAAAGAGGAGGAGGAGGAGGCGCAGGAGUCUGUCAUCAGCAUCCUCCUUGGCGAGAUCAUGGUGCUGUCUGUUCAUCAGUUUGCGCAGGAAACAUCAUCCAAGAUCUGGACGCAGAUAAAGCCAAGGGAGACCAACAAGGCUCUCUUUCGCUUCACACAGGCAGCGAAGUCGAAGAUGCAACAAGGCAUCGCGGCCGCAGUCAAGUCUGUGCCCCGCGGCUGGCUCAAUGCGAAGAGGUCGCGGCCGGCGCUGAGGAGGAUGAAGCCCACGGAGGAGACGAGGGACCACACGCAAGAAACCGUCCUCUCCCUUGCCCUCAAGGCCCCCGCCGCUCCUGCUCGCCCUGCUCGCUCCUCCAGCCGGUACAAAGUCUCACCUCCUCUGCGCCAAGCGAUCCGGAAGGGCAAAGUGAACUCGACGUGGAAGACUAUGUUUCGAGGAAACUUCGGAGGAGGAGGGGCGGAAGGCGAGGGCGACUGGAAGACAGAAUACAGCAAGAGGUUGGAAGGACUGAGGCGAUGGACAGGCAUAGAAGUAUGA